AUGAUGUCAAUAAUACAAGUGAAAGGGGGUAGUGGGAAAGUUGGGGUGGAUCGGACGUUGUUUGUUGGAGCGAGAAUUCCACACGAGAUACAAGCCAUGGUUAAACCACUGACUAAGCUUGAUAAAAGUGUCUUUACUAAAAUAUUGAGAGUGAUUGUGGCCUCAGUGGUGGGACCCCAGCCGGACAGCAGCAGCCUCAGGUCUCUGGUCAGUGACAAGCUGACCGAUGACACUGUUGCUGUUAUCUUCUGUGGUCUGGAGAAACUGCUGAGACAGGCCUGGAAAGUGUCCACUUCUUCACUGAAAAAGGAGCAUUUUUUACAAGAUUUACAAGAGCUCCAAAUUCCAGCUGAAUUUCAUGAGGAUUUAGUGUCUUGUGUUUUUGGGUCUGUUCGAGGAAAAAUUGACGAGCAGUUAGAGAAUGCUCGACCAGGUCUGCCCACUCUUGAUCAUUUGGGUUGGAGAGUUGAUGUUGCUAUAUCCACUGGGGUGCUGAAUCGAGUCCUGGUUCGAGGUGUUACCAUGGACAUGACCUUAUCUGAUGGCAGCAUUAAAGAUUUUGAGAUGUCGGUUUCCAGAUUUCAAGAUCUUCGAUUUCAAGUAGCCUCAGUUCUGAGUGAGAUGGAGAAACUGGAAAAACGCAGCAUAUUGAAAAUUAAAGAUUAA